UUUUUUAUUUAAAAUAUAUUUGCUUCGGUUGCGCCACGGGAGAGGAGCAGGUUUCUGCUCUGUUGUUGUAGCGAGAAGCAAAUUUCGAUGUUUUGGUUCGUAUUAUGAGAAUUCGUCCAACGUUUUCGUUUUCUUUUUAACCAGUUUCGAUUUUUACGAAGGUUUGUGUUCAGCACUUUUGAGGCUACGAUGACGACUCCGGCGACCAGGCGCCUGAUGAGGGAUUUUAAACGGCUGCAGGAGGACCCCCCUACCGGUGUUAGCGGAGCACCGUCGGAGAACAACAUCAUGCUGUGGAAUGCGGUCAUUUUCGGGCCUGAAGGUACUCCCUUUGAAGACGGCACGUUCAAGCUCACAGUGGAGUUCACAGAAGAAUACCCAAAUAAACCACCUACAGUGCGCUUUGUCUCCAAGAUGUUUCACCCAAAUGUGUAUGCGGAUGGUAGCAUAUGCCUAGACAUUCUUCAGAACCGCUGGAGCCCAACCUACGACGUGUCCUCCAUCCUCACCUCCAUCCAGUCCCUGCUGGAUGAGCCAAACCCCAACAGUCCGGCGAACAGCCAGGCGGCCCAGCUAUACCAGGAGAAUAAGAGGGAGUACCACAAGCGUGUGUCUGCCAUUGUGGAGCAAAGCUGGGGAGACAGUUGACAUCGAUGUCCCUGCCCAGUGAUAUCUGCCCAUUUCAUAGAGGACUGGUGAUUCCUGUCUCCCUCCAUGCACUUUAAAAGCCACCCCAUCAUCUUUCUGCACUGUAGACCUUUGUGGGUGGACUGCCUUCGCUUCUCUCUAGCAUUAACUUGUUCUUUAUGUGAAUCGACGUCCCUUUGCUUAACGAUUAAUUGCAUUUCUUUUGUACUGAAUGCUGGUGUAGAUGAACGGAUGUAAAUCACAUAUUGCUCUUUUCAUUACGAGUGUGUUAGAGGGUUUGAUUGUUGGGUCUCCAGUGUCUACCAUACCCUAUGUGUAUGCAGAGGACCCAAAACCGGCUGAGGCCAGGUUUGAAGGGAUCAUCAACCAAUAUGUCUCACCUCGGUGCACUUGCAAAGGUUCACCUUAGCAUUUUGUUAGCAUUGUAAAUAAAGGGGCAAAAUGAGUUAAA